UCCAGCCACUGCCAGGGCCUCUUGACGAGACCACAGAGGGAGCCUGAGCACUGCCUCAGGCCCCGGGUGGCGGGCCCAGGGCACCCGUGAGCACAGAGCUCUCCGUCGACGGGGGGCGAUGUUCCCCUGGCCUGCGGGCUCUUCGGGCCGCCGGGGCAUCCCGCCUUUGAGACCAGGGCCCCCACAGUGGGCGAUCCCCAAGGCUGCUCCAUGGAGACUCUGUGUCCUCCUCCCUGCCUGGCAGUGCCCGCGUCUCCGCGAGGGUCUCCCUGCUCACCCACGCCCCGGAAACCGCGUCGGGGGACCCCGGAGUUCUCCCCACUGUGCCUUCUGCACCCUUGCCAACCCCGGCCAUCCGCCCUGGGCCUGGGGCCUGGAGAGAUGGCGCCGCGGACCCCGGUGGUGCUGGGGCCCCGGGACUCGCCAUUCACCUGCGGUUGGUCCGCGGACAGCAUGAAGCACUUUGGGGGACUGGCCGAGGAAAGCCUGAAGCACCUCGGGGGACAUGCCAGGCGACCAAGUGACAUGAGCUCCGCGGCCCGCGAGGAUGCAGACAUCGCGGUGUGCCCAGGCGGUGGAGAGGAGGAAGAGGGCGGAGGCAGCUUCCCGAACUUUGGGGCCGGUUCCUGUGCACCUCCCGGCCGCUGCCCUGCUCCCCGGCGUCCUCGGGAAUCUCCGAACAGCUCCGCCUGGUCGCCGCGCAGGCCAGCCCCGGGUCUGGAGUCCCAGCCUGAGGCAGCUAGCAGUCUGCCCCAUUAACCCAGCUCCUGGCCUCAGCCGCCACCUGCGGGCCUCUCCCGGGAACUUGCAUCACCGAAGCAGCCUGCGCCGGGAUUGGCUGCAGCGGGUGGAGACCUUGUCCUGGCCGCGCCCCAGGCACCCGCGCCCAGCCCCUCGAUGGCAGAGGCAGCACGAGCACCCGGUGAUCACCGCCAGGAACAUUUCAAUCGCCUGAUCCGCAGCUCGUAACUUUGGUGUUACGGGAAGGGCUUCGCCCUGGACACUCCAAGUUUGCACCGAGGGCCCAAGCUGCCGGCAGCCAAAGCUCAGGGAGCAGCCAAGAAACUCUGGCGGCCAGCACCGCCCCCGCGCAGCGUGCAGCCCCGGCCAGCCCCUAUGCUCCACACCUUGAGCACCUUCAGCCUCCUGGACUGCUUUCCCUGUCCCCCAGCCCUGGUGGUGGAAGAGGACUGAGACUUAGGGCCAGCUUCCUGGCUUUGCCUCCAGGGAGAUGCAAAGCCUCUGCCUGCCCACCCGCUGUGGAGGUGGCAGAUGGGAGGACCCCCUGUCCCAGAGCCCCAGGGCCUCAAAUCCUGGUGUGUCAACUUGGAAGAACUCUGAGCAUUGGACCUCUUCUACCCGGGAGCAAAUUGGGUCCCCCGGGCAGAGUGAAGACUCUAGGAGGGUGUCUUGAGUCUCAGAUUUGUCUGUAAUUUUUAUUUAUUUUUAUUUUUUUUCGUUUAAUGGAGUAUGUCUAGGGACCUCAAAUGACAGUUAUCUUCAAGUACCUGAAAGGUCGGGGUGAUAUUCUAUUCUCAUCUUUGCGGAGGAAUCAAUGUCUGGCAUCCAGAAAAGCCUUAACUGCAGAAGGUUGCAUGGCCAGCUCCAUCUCUGCCCUCAGCAGAGGCCAGGGCCUUCACCCCAGGGGAGCAAAGUGCUUACUGCCAAGAGACCAAAAGAAAGGGACAGAGGGACAGCCCCACUCUCCUCCUCCUCCCAUAAACAGGAGAGGGCAGAGGCCCCAGUGGUGUGGCCCAAGGCUGGUUUUGCCUGGGGAAGGGGUCAAAAAUUCCCUGGGAAAAUAAUGGAAGGUGGAAGAAAUCAAUAAAAUCAGACCAAACAAGAAAAA